AUGCCUGACGGAUCUACAAUUGAAACGGUCGCUGGCGGUGGGCUAACCCCUUUCACGUCCAACAAACAGAUGCAUAUGUUCGACCCUGACGCCGCCAUAACGCUGAUUGACGCGCACAAGAACAAACCUUUCAUGCUGUUCGAAGUCGCAACUUCUCAGACCGCAAUUAAUCUCCAGCGUAAAGUCAAGGACUACCUCAAUGGUUCUCACGGUUGGACCACCUUGAUCUUCACAAUGAAUGUCGAGCAGGAUGAAGUCCCUGAUCGCAACCCAAUCAUGCAAGACUUCAAUUUCGAAGUCGAAGUUAGUAGAACCUGGCGCCCGAACAUUGGACCAGAUGAGCGUUACACGCCAGAGCCAGUUCGUUUCUACCAAGCAACCCGGCGCUUCGAUCCUGAUCAGCAAGAUGAACCAGGUUUCCCCGGCAGCAUCAGGGUCUAUCGGCAGGAUUUGUGGGCCCGACGCAAGACAGAUCCCCCGCCUGGAGACCUCAUCACCAUUGAGAUGUCCUCUUUUGGGAAGGAUGCCAAAAAAGCGCUCAAAUUCGCGCUCAUUGACAUGGUCCAUUCGGCUCGCACCUCGAUCGAUUCGAAGCAAGAUGAUAUUGACACAGCUUCAAGCGAGGGAAGCGGUCCAGCUGCACCACCAGACAGCCCUGUUGAUGAUAAGAAAGUCGAUAAGACUUUCAAAGGUGGGGCUCGCCCAAGCAAUGUGCAAGAUGGUCUUGCCAGGAAAACUAGAAGCAAAGGACCAGUGGAUUAG